UCCUCCUCCUUCCUUUCCUUCUUUAUUUCUCUCUCUCUCUCUCUCUCACAUCCGUUUCUAUUUUUUCAACACUCACUCACCCGCCCGUUCACCACACAGUCAGUCACACACCAAUUCUCUCUCUUUUUCCUCUCUCACACAUACACACACUACAUAAGAGAACACAGCACUGAAGCUGAAGCACACACGCAUUCUGUAACGCAAUGUUGUCUCUCUAGUUACUAACAUGACCGGGUGGCGAACUUACUCCCCACGGUUAUGAAUACCAACUCUGCAGACUGCGGCGCCGAUCGCCACCCUAAUGAGCACUUCACUGGCUUCUGUCCCUCUUGCCUCUGCGAGCGCCUCCACACUCUAGACUCCUCCUCCAACACUCCCUCCUCUUCCCCCCCCCCCUCCUCCGCCUCCGCUGCCGCCGCCGCCGCCAUCAAAUCCCUCUUCUCCUCUACCUCUAAAUCUAACAAUUUUCCUCCGCCUCCCCCUCUCCCUAAACCUUCAAAACCGUCUUCAUUUUUUCCCGAACUACGUCGAACAAAGUCAUUUUCUGCUUCCAAGAACGAAGCUUUAGGCCUAUCCUUUGAGCCCCAAAGGAAAUCUUGUGACGUUAGGGUCAGAAGUACUCUUUGGUCGCUCUUUACACUCGACAGCGAGAGUAAAAGUGUUGCUGAUAACAAUAAACCCGCUUCUGCUUCCGCUGCUUCAUCUUCCUCUCAUCAAAAUCUCCAGAACAGCAAAAAAGUUGAAUCUUGUUUUCCAAAUAAGCCCGUUUUUGAGGAAGAGGAAAAUGAGGAGGAUUUUAAAGACCCUGAAAAUAUAGAGGAUGUUGCUUUCGUGGAUGAUGAUGGUGAUGAGGAUGGAGAUGAAAUUAGGCCUGUGCGCGAUUCGCAUUUGGAGGGUUUGAGAAACGUGGUUGUAGAUGUGAAUAGCGGUAAGAUUGUGGAAGAAGAGGUGGUUCUUCCUAGUAAUUUGAAACCUAUGAAGGAUCAUAUACUUGAUACUCAGGAAAAGAAGAGUUCAGGAGGGGGAUUUUGGGGAGCAGCAUCGGUUUUUAGCAAGAAAUGGCAUAACUGGAGGCGGAAACAGAAGAUUAAGAAGCAGAAUAAUGGCGAAAACUUAGCUACAUUGCCUGUGGAGAAGCCAAUAUCUAGGCAAUAUAGGGAGACUCAGUCCGAAAUUGCUGAUUAUGGGUUUGGGAGGAGGUCUUGUGACACUGAUCCCAGGUUUUCGCUUGAUGCUGGAAGAAUCAGCUUGGAUGAUCCAAGAUAUUCUUUUGAUGAGCCUCGGGCUUCUUGGGAUGGUUAUUUGAUAGGGAGGAGUUUUCCCAGAAUGGCACCUAUGGUUUCUGUAUUGGAGGACGCCCCAGCUGUGCAUGUAUCACGCUCUGAUAUGCAAAUUCCAGUCGAGGAACCAACAAUGAAAUCCAACAAUGAGGAGGAAGGUGUGCCUGGGGGGUCAGCGCAAACUAGGGAGUACUACUUAGAUUCUUCUUCUUCAAGGAGGAGGAAGAGUCUUGAUAGGUCUAGUUCAAUUAGGAAGACCGCUGCUGCAGUGGUUGCUGAGAUUGAUGAACUGAAGGUGGUGUCUAAUGCUAAGGUUUCGCCGACCACCACGGAUUACUUACACGGAGCGAAAUUUUUGGCGGAAAGAGACUCGAGGGACUCAAAUUCAAACUCUUUAAGAGAUGAUCUUUCUGAAACGUUUGAGUUGAGUGGUGGAUUUCGGGAUAGUAUCAAUUCUGUGAUAGGGAAUGGGGACAGAAAGGAGUCGAAAAAGUCUAGAAGGUGGAGUUCAAAAAUAUGGGGUUUCAUACACCGGCGUAAUGGUGGGAAUAAGGAUGAGGAUGAAGAGGAGAAAUACAGUAGAGCAAAUGGGGUGGAGAGAUCACUAUCUGAGUCUUGGCAGGACCUGAGGAGGGAAGGGAAUGGAGAUGUGAGAGGUGGCUUUAACAGAAAUAUGUUUCGAAGCAACAGUAGCGUGAGCUGGAGAAAUGCCAAUCACAUUGGGGGCUCAUUUGCGAGUAUGAGGAAAUCAGCUGUGGAAAUGAAUGGACAUGGGAAGAAGAGGAAUGAGUUUGUGUUGGAGAAGAAUCGGAGCGCAAGGUAUUCUCCCAACCAUUUGGAUAAUGGACUUCUCCGAUUCUACUUGACACCUAUGAGAAGCAGCCGGAGAGGGGGAUUGGCUAAAGUCAAGCCCAAUACCUCACACUCAAUUGCAAGAAGUGUACUGCGGCUGUACUGAGAUUCAAGGUCCUCUUGUUGUUGUUCUGAUUUUCUGUUAAGAGACUUGCUGCAUUUGUUGUGUAAUCACAUAAGCCAAUCGGGUUCUUGUUGUUUGCCAUGCAUUUUGAAUCUUUGAUCAGAAUACUAUUUUAGUAUUUUUAAUAAUGAGAAAAUUCCCAUGUUUCUUUGUC